AUGGUUCUUAACAGUUAUCUUGUACAGUUGACAUGGAUUGAUGAUCAUGAUCUCAAGCGCAUUUCGACAGUGCUGGCUGAAUUUCACACCAACAAGCAGGCAAUCUUAGAUGCUGGGUUCUGUCAAGGCAAGGGUGGCAAAAACAUCGACAAUUGGUACAUUCUGAAAUUGGAGCUCAUGCAGAGCAUCGCUCCCAGUAUUCGCAAUACUGGUGUUUCCCUGCAGUGGACUGCAGACACCAUGGAGCAUGCACAUAUCACUGAGAUCAAAGAUCCCACACGAUCCAGUAACAACAACCAUUAUGAUGCGCAGAUUUGUCGCCAUCUUGACCAUGCUGACAAGUGCUGUUGCUUUGGGCUCACUGCGAGUCUACUGGACCAGUCAAAUCAACACGCAUACCCAGAUGAAGAAGAUGACAACAAAAUUGAUGUUGAUGUUGAUCAUGAUCAUGAUGUCCUAGUGACAAUCAACCACCACAAUUAUUCAUGGCCAAUCACUGAUUACUUUGCUAUCACACAGACUCUUCUGCACAAGGAUGUAGGAACAAUCCCCUGGCCAUUGCAAACUUUCAUUGUUGCACAGCAUGUAGCAGUUCAUCUUGCCUAUGACCCAUCAAUCAGAGCCAUCUCCAUUGACAACACUGCUCUCAAAUUCAACCUUCCCAACUUGCGACCAGCUCUUGCUGACUUCCUUCGUUGUGAAGAUACCUAUAGAAAUGAUCACAUUCACACAAUUGGUGGGGCUAGGAGAGCUAAGCUCAAUGCUUCACUUCCUUUUGACAAGCUCCAAGUUUGGUUCAAACUUUGGCUCCAGGACAUGGACAUUCACAAGACUAGCAUUGUGCAGCCUGCACAGACCCUGAAUUGUGCACCACCUUGCGGCCUCUGGACCUCUGGCCAGUAUGACACAGUCAUUAUCAAUCACAAUGGGGGGUACUCGUGGCCUACUGAUGGUCUUCGUGGUCAUAGUGUUGCUCAAAUCAGGCUUAUUGUCUGUCCAAUUGGAAAGAGGGGCACAGAAUGGCCAUGGAAGGAUCGCUUCCUCAGUUAUGUGCAACAAUUUGACAUUGGUGAUCAUGCACCAGCUACGAAGUUACAUUUGCUUAAGAGGGCAAAGUGGUUGAAUGGGACUUGGAUUGGUGACAUCAUUCCAGUCACUCAGUUCAGGGUGCCCAUUAAUAUAGUCCCUUGCUUUGGCUCAAAGGCAGAUAAUCAUCUCACCCUGUAUAACAGCAUUGAACACUUGUCAGAAUUUUGGCUUAACAGGUACUGGGACAAAAAUACAUUCUUCCCGCUUUUGAUGUAG